GUGUGAAAAGUCCUGUGUUUACCUCUACCCCUGACCCGGAUGUUUAUUUUUGACAUUGGUGACACCUGCAGACGAUUAUCUCAAGGGUCGAGUUCGAGCGAGAACUUUAGCUGCUACAGUCGAACUAAAGUUCAACCGAACGCAACAUACCUGACCGGAAGUGACGUUUUUUUAGGAACUCUUGUCAGCUAUUUCGCGCCGUACUAGAGGUCUAGUUCAAAGAUGGCGGAGUGUGUAUGUUUCUGAAAUCAAAGCAAAUGGAUCACCAAGAAGUGUUUUGGACCUGCAUUGAGUGCCACAAGAAACCUGCCAGUGCUGCAUCACUUUCAAAUCAAUUGGGGAAAGUCCAGGUGUUUGUUGAUACAAAUUACAGCAUCCUACUUCGAUGUGAGAACUGCAAUGUGUGUUUUCAUCCUGUUUGUGUUGACUUUGAAUUGGAACCAGUACUAACUGGGGAGGACACUCUUGUAUUGUGCAACUAUUGUGCUGAGCAUGGCAAGCAAAAAUCUAAUAACACUGGAAGUAACCACACCGACCCUCAGAGAAAAAAACAGGAUAAGGGUGACGGAAAGCAUGGCCAAACUUCUGAAGUCUCCACAAAUUGAAGCUGCAGUGAAGGAGGCUUUGGUGCUUAGUAUCAUAAAGGAACAGAACUCAACACAUGCCCCUCUAGUACGGCAAACAGACUUGCAAGAAGAGAGUACACAGUCAGAUACAAUGACAAAGGAAAUCUCUGUGGACAAUUCAGGUACAGAUAAAAGGGACCAAGAACAAUGCACACAACAGAGUAAAUCUAAAAGCUCAGCCUCUGCAGACCAAAGCCACCAGAAGAACUGGACAGAAAAUGAAGAGAGCUUGCUUGUUGACUUAAGGCACGAGAGAUCAACUCUGUUUAAGACUACCAGAAACCACCUCUCCCUGUGGCAAGAAAUAGCAAACAUCAUUAACGAAACACUGCAUUGUUCAGCUACUAGUCAACAAGUCAUGUAUAAAUAUAACGCCCUUAAAAAAAGGUGGAAGGAGAUUAUAGAUAGUCCCUCGGGAUCAGCAGCUAAACGCUUCACUCACAAGAGAGCAUUUGAUGAUGAGUAUGGUGACAAAGUCAGUACAAAACCAGCUUUUACAGUUGAUACCUUAAAAGAAACCAGUGACAUUUCUUCAGAAUCAAACACCAGCAAGAAACCUGCAAGAAAGGCAGAGAAAAGGAAGUCCUCGAGUAAUUUCGAUGUGUUGAAUGCAUUGGAGGAUCAGCAUUCAAAAUUCAUGCAACAAAUUAGUGAGAUGCACAAUGAACGCAUGAAGCGUUUUGACAGAUUUCUAGAUAUUAUGGAUAAACAAAGCACAAAGUGACUGUAAAGAUGCAGUCGGUGGCAUCAUUUUGUUACAAGUUAGUCAUUACCAGUUAACUUUAUAGAACUAAGGACUUGGGAAACCACUCAGGUUUUGUCAAUUUUUGUUCUGUGAUUUUAUUUAUUUUUAAAAAGCCUCAGGUAGUCUUGUUAAGUUUUUAUAAUUACUGCCUUGGCAUGAAUUGCCAAUUUAGCUUAUGAUAUAUGGUGUGUUUUCCAUGUUCAUCCACCUUUUUGAAAGUGACUUCUUAAUAACUGCUAGACUUAAGACCCUAACCCAUUGAGUUUCCCGAAAUAAUACAGCAAUUUGACCUGUUUUCACAGUCAUAACUUAGUGUCAAAUAUGUAAAUAAAAUUAUUCUUCCACAAUACCAGGUAACCCUUUGUGAGGAAAAUUAAUAUGCUGGGAUGAAACAGUAUAAGACUUAAUACAUUAUACUCAAUAAUUGGAAAUAUUUGCAAAAGCAUCUUUAUUGAGAAUAUUUUCCAAUGAAUGCAAUAUCCAGAUGAUACUGGCCCUGUAGACCUUGUUAUUUUUAAUUGGUAAUACUUUUUUAUAUUACUUUGUUAGUGAUUCUCAUCCAAAGAUAAUUUUCAUGGUGCUCUC